AUGGUCGGCGACACGCCGGAGCGGGCCGCCGAAAAACUGCGCGGCCAACUGGUGCCGCAGGUCAACCGCCUGGAGGACUCCAUACGGAGUCUGACCGAUGAGGCGCUGGGCGCGAAGACCGACGAGUUCCGACGACGGGUGGACGACGGCGCGUCGCUGGACGAUCUGCUCCCGGAGGCCUUUGCGGUGGUGCGUGAGGCCGCGCGCCGCACGCUGGGUCAGCGGCACUACGACGUGCAGCUGAUUGGCGGCGCCGUCUUGCACCAGGGAAAGAUCGCGGAGAUGAAAACGGGGGAGGGCAAGACCCUGUCGCCACCCUGCCGGCAUUUCUGA